GACUCGGGCAACAACAACAACAACACAUUUUAGACUACGCAGAUGUCGAGAAGCAGCAAUGUUACAGCCAGAAACGGCUCCGGCUCCGACUCCGGGAGAUGUGUUAGGGAAACGCUAUAAUGAAUACUGCACUUCAGACAUUCCGCAGGAGGAAACCCCGUUUAACUUCAGCCCUCAGCUCAUCUAUCUUCAUAAGGACCAUGAGCUGUUUGAGGAUGGGGACGUUGAAAGACACAUGUACCUUCAAGACCUUUAUAUUUCAGAGGCUGACGACGACAAACAAACCCUCAGUGUGUCAGAGUUUGUCUGUCACAUCUCUGGCUGCAACGCGGUCCACAGCACUUUAGAGGAGUAUGAGCACCACUACAAUUCUUUACACAGAAAUGUGUGCUCCAUCUGCCGACGCUCACUACCCACCUCUCGUCUCCUGGACAUUCACAUUCAAGAGUGGCACGACUCAGUCUUCAUGGUCCUGGCACAGCGGCAAGACAUGUACCAGUGUUUGGUGGAGGGCUGUGAACACAAAUUCAGGACGAUCACACUCAGGAAGGACCACCUGGUACAAAUUCACAAGUACCCUCCAGACUUCAGAUUUGACAAACCCAAAAGAGAGAGAGGCCCUCGAGAGACAAAGCAGCAGCCGCAUAUGGACACAGCGAUGGAAGUAGUGGAUAAUGCGAGUGAUGUUCUUUGUGAAGAGCAGUCCAAACAGGCAGAUCAAGACGAAUCCAUGGAGUUGCCAGUGUUUACGACAGAGAUCCUCUUCACUGAAAAAGGCGCCUCGCAUGAGGGGCAAGCAGCAGGUCACAAGACAAAUGAUGAGCCUCUGAAACCACGAUAUUCCUACAGGGUUCCCUCUAAUGUGUGCUUUGGUCACGGCUCCAUCCGAGGCUUCAGAGGUCAUAAAGGAAGGAGGAAGUGAAACAGCUUCAAAAAUCGCAAAUAUGUGCUUAGUUCUGCCUUUUAAGUUCAUAUG